AUAAAAUUUUGGUUGUCCAAAAAUGGAACAUUGUUUGUUGAUAAAUUUAUAAAGACAUUAAUCUAAAAUUGAGAGAAAGUAUAAGGAAAAGUUUUCAGAGGUCCAUAAAAACUUUUGCAAUUUUUUCGUGAUUUUUUUCCGUGGAAGAAAGAUUUUUUUUCGAGAUUCAAAUAGAAGAGUGAUGAGAGUGACAGCCCACCGAAAGAAUUUUCGCAAAUUCGCGCUAGCAAUAUUUGCGACGUUUCUCUCGUGGGUGCUGAUUGAUCCCUCGUGCGGCGUACAUACACUUCUCGUGGUGAGUGGAGGAGCGAACGAUCGGAGCGAGUUGCGAGCGGGUCUCGAGCGGAAUCUCGAGCGGCUCGUCGAGCAGUCCGAAUCCCGCUUCCCGCGACGACGUUCGAUUUCAUGCGCGCUCCUUCACGCUCGAAUUUCGAUCGCCGAUCAUGACACGCGGACGGACGAAGACGUGCAGGUGAAACGUGCCGCGCUUCCCGCCUGACAGUUCAACAGAGAAGACAAGGAAGAACACGCGACAAAGUGCUCCAUCGUGAAAGUUAAAAAGAAAAGGAAAGAAAUCCGAUAUUGGCCUAGAGUUUGCCGAAGAAUUUAAUUGGUGGUGAUAUAGUUUUGUGUGAAGAUUUUGUGGAAGGUUUAAAACGCGUUUCCUGUUCAAUUAAGGAGCAAGAUGUGGCACUUGACAUGUGUCGAUGACUUCCUGAACCGCGCGUUUUACAAAGUUGGCCUCAUUGUCGGUCGACAUCCCGGCUACUUCGUAAUCGUGCCGAUACUAUUGGCUUGCAUAUGCUUCACCGGCUAUCAAAGGAUACACUACGAAAUUGAUCCGGAAUAUCUCUUCUCGCCCGUCAACGGCCCCAGCAAGACCGAACGAGCGAUAGUCGAGCAAUACUUCAAAGUUAAUUACAGCCAUCAAUUCAAUGUCGGUCGUAUUACUCGACCAGGCCGGUUCGGUCAUGUAAUUGUGAUUCCAAAGGACGGCGGGAAUAACAUGCUGAAAAGCUCGAUUUGGGAGGAGCUGAUGAAACUCGAUCGAUUAAUUAAAAAUGUUAAAGCAAAAUAUGAGAACGACGAAUUCACAUACGAGCAGAUUUGCGCACGGUGGCUUGAUGAGUGUUUCACCAACGAUAUUCUAAAUCUGCAUCACGUGAUAGACGAAGUGGAAAGGCGGAAGCUAAAUCUGACAUUCCCGAUAACGAUCAAUCCGACCACCUGGGACGCUCAUUUGUUGCCGGUAUUCUUCGGUGGAAGUGUUCUCAAUGACGAUCUCACUGUAGAAUCGGUGCCUUCAAUACAGCUCGGCUAUUUCAUCAAAGUCGAUAGUCCACAGCAAGACGAGAUCGGCGCCGCCUGGGAGGAGGCUUUCUUAGAGGAUGUCGGCAAGGCCGAGGACGGAGGCGCGUUUAAGCAAAUUAGCAUCGCGAGAUUCGCCUCGAGGACCCUCGAACUGGAACUAGAGGCCAACACCAAGACAGUCGUGCCGUAUUUCACCAGCACGUUCAUCAUAAUGGGCCUGUUCUCGGUCGUGACAUGCAUGAUGACCGAUUGGGUACGAAGCAAGCCUUGGCUCGGUCUUCUGGGCAAUAUCUCGGCCGCCAUGGCGACGGUUGCUGCAUUUGGAUUAUGCAUGUAUCUGGGGAUCGAUUUUAUCGGCAUCAAUCUUGCCGCACCGUUUCUCAUGAUAGGAAUAGGGAUCGAUGAUACCUUUGUUAUGCUAGCAGCCUGGAGAAGGACUAGCAUCAGUAAACCGGUGCCGGAAAGGAUGGCGGCGACAUUGAGCGAAGCUGCCGUUUCCAUCACCAUCACAUCUUUAACGGAUAUGAUAUCCUUUUUUAUCGGCGUUUGGUCGCCUUUCCCUUCGGUUCAGAUUUUCUGCAUUUACUCAGGUUUCGCAGUUGUCUUCACUUUCCUGUUCCAUCUAACGUUCUUCAGCGGAUGCGUCGCAAUCAGCGGUUAUUGCGAACAAAAGAAUUUGCACAGUGUUUUCUGUUGCAAAGUGCAACCUUUAUCUAAAUCUGCUCAUCGAUCGUGGUUAUACAGAGUACUAUUAUCCGGCGGAAUCGAUCCCGACGACCCUCAGAAUCCAAUCGACAAUCCCGAACACGGAUGCAUGACUUGGUUCCGUGAUUAUUUAGCAGCUGCGUUGAACUGUCGCCCUGUGAAAGUGAUUAUCAUCAUCGUUUUCGUGUUCUAUCUCCUUGGUGCCCUUUACGGCCUCACAACUCUUAAGGAGGGCCUGGAUCGACGCAAGCUUUCCAAAGAAGAUUCCUACUCGAUCGUUUUCUACGAUCGCGAGGAUUUUUAUUUCCGAGAAUUUCCUUAUAGGAUACAAGUGGUAGUGGCCGGAGAGUAUGAUUACAGUGAUCCAAUAAUUCAACAGCAGGUGGAGAACUUGACGAAAAGCCUCGAGGCGAGCAAAUACAUCAGCGCGCCGAUCUACACGGAAAGUUGGCUUCGCAGCUUCCUCAGCUACGUAACACGCAACGAAGAUUACCUGAACGUGACUAUCAAUGAUAAGCAUAAUUUUACUAAGACUCUCAAAGAACUCUGGCUGUUCCCGUCCAGUUCUUUCUCCCUAGAUGUCAAGUUCGACGAGACGGGCGAAAAGAUUGUGGCAAGCCGGUUUAUGAUACAGGCAGUGAAUGUAAGCGGCACGAAUCAGGAAAAGGAUAUGGUAAAAGAGCUGCGUCACAUCUGUGACAUAUCACCAUUGAACGCUAGCGUGUUUCAUCCGUACUUCGUGUACUAUGACCAAUAUGAGCUGGUCCGGCCGACUACUAUCCAGUGCAUGACAUUCGGCGCGCUCGUCAUGAUGCUCAUCAGCUUCAUCUUUAUCCCCAAUGUUUUCUGCUGCCUAUGGGUCGCCUUCUGCAUCGUGUCGAUCGAGAUCGGGGUGAGCGGUUACAUGGCGCUGUGGGAUGUUAAUCUCGACAGCAUCUCUAUGAUCAAUCUGAUCAUGUGUCUUGGCUUCAGCGUUGACUUCACCGCACACAUCUGUUACGCUUACAUGAGCUCAAAGCAAUUACGGGCGGAGGAUCGGGUCAAGGACAGCCUGUAUAGUCUAGGUCUGCCAAUCGUUCAGGGUGCCGCAUCGACGAUACUCGGUUUGACGGCGCUCCUGCUGGCUGGCACCUACCUCUUUCUCGUGUUCUUCAAGAUGGUCUUCCUAGUGAUCUUUUUCGGCGCCAUGCACGGUAUGUUCCUGCUGCCUGUGUUGCUGUCCCUCUUCGGACCCGGCACCUGCAGUAAAGGACAGGACGAGCCCGGAGAAGCGGAGAAUGCGAAGAACAGCACGCAGGAAAAGGAACUGGCGAACAAGCUUCAGCAACCCUAUGUGAUUCCACAUCCUCAUCUAGUCUAUUACACCGCGGGCGCUGUCAAGCCGCUCCAGGACAGUCCCGCGACCAGCAUGGCGGCGUUCGAGGAGAGGGAUCCCGGCUUGGGUACCAGCGAGGACAGCAACUCGACCGAGAGUGGCUCCUCGCAGAGCAGGAGACGUCAGUGCAAGGACCAGCAGCCGGAUCUACAGAAUCAGGCCCGUCACGACAUGUGGAGAAGAUCCAUCGGCGUCCUGUACGGCCUGUCGCAGUUUCAAUCCGCGACCGGCGAACCCGCGUAUCCGGCGCCGGACUAUCCUGGCGCCCUGGCGCGAGAAUCCUGCGAGGAAAACGGUCCACGAACGGUGCCUUAUCUAGGACCAUACGUCGCGUAUCGCCAGCCAAAUCAGUUGUCGCAGGACUACAGACGCAGCAGAUCCUAUCAUAAUCUGCAGUAUCCUGCGUCGACGCGAUAUAUAACGGAUCCUCGAUAUCCAUAGUAGAAAGUUGAGAUGGAUAGCGCGAAAGAAAGAUAUUGUCGACGUGAUAAGCGAGACGAAAAAAUCAUUCAGUUGAAUUUAGGCCCCUUCAAGCGAAACGAUAGCGAUAACCGAUUAAGGCAAACUGAUUUUGCCGAAAGAAUGAACCGAUAUCGUGAAACCAUGACAAUGCGAGAGAAGGAAGGAUACCUUUUGUGCAAGAUUAGAAUGUCCGAAUUACGGUUUAUAUUAUUUUUAAGGGGCUGAAUUUCGAUAGUCAGAAUUUAACUCUCAAACAACGGCACAAUCGCACAGAGUAUGACGCCCGAGUAUAUGUUCGGAUCUAUCAUAAAAUAUUUUUUAUCUCAAAUAAAAUUUUUAUUGUUACAUUUUGAUUUUAUUGUAUACCUAAAUUUUUUAUUUUAUUGUAUACCUAAAAAUUUUUCUUCCUAAAUUAUCCAUGGAAAAAACAUAAGGCAUAGAAAAAUAAAUAAGUAACUAAUAAGCAUAAAUGUGUAAUUAAUAGAAUUUUAAAAAAUUUAAAAGAAAAAGAAAAAAAUUUAGAACAAAAUGAGAAAGUAUUUUUUAAAUAUUUUCCCCCUUUUCUUUGAUACGAUUGAUACAAAUAGUUUUAUAAAAAGAAUAAACUAAUUUUACAUACUAGUUUUAUAUAUAUGAUAUAUAAAAUAUAAUUUUAUAUAUGAAACUAGUUUUUAUACAUAUAUUUGGGUUUGAAAAAAUCUGGGCACCGUUGAACAAAGAUUAAUGUGAUCUUGAAGAGAUUUUUUGUAUAAUAAUGCUUAUAUUACAAAUAUAAGCACUGUUAAAAUUACGGUCAAUAUAUAUAUAUUCGUAAGUAUCUUACGUAUGAUAUCAAUACCUGAAAACAUUACUUGCGAAACGAGCUAUUAUAUACAGGUUGUCCUAAGAAAGACAUACAUCAAUAAUAGACACGUGAAUAUCCCGUAACUGAAAUUAUGAUUAAAAAAGGGCAAGUCUCUAACGAUUCUCAAGUUUUCAAAGAUUCAUCGAUGUUUAAAUAUAUAUAACUAUUUAA